UAGAAAGCCUUUAUUGUGCGUGAUCCUGUAGCUCUGCGCUUGCGUGGCGUGUUGUUGUGCUGCUGCGGUCUCUUUAAGCGCGCUGUAACGUGACUCCGGGCUUUUCUUCUCCUCGCAGAAGCAGCUCGGAUCUGCUGACGUGUCGGCAGCGGCUCCGCGAUCAACAGCUGCCAGCAUGGCUGCACCGAAUCCUUGUUUUUAUUGUGUUUUUAUGCUCGUUCUGUACGCGUGUUUCCCUCAGAGCAGUGCAGACAGGCGCUUCUCGGACCUGAAGCGAUGCGCCGAUGAUGAAUGCAGCAUGCUUCUCGGCAGAGGGAAGGCCGCCAAGGAUUUCACGGGGCCGGACUGCCGGUUUCUCUCUUUUAAGAAAGGAGAGACGAUAUAUGUUUAUUAUAAACUCUCAGGGCAGAGAUCGGACGUGUGGGCUGGUAGUGUUGGAAACCACUUUGGUUAUUUCCCAAAGGAAUAUCUUAAUAUAAAUCAUAUAUAUACUGAAAAUGAAUUGGAGGUACCCACAGAGGGAACAGAUUUUGUUUGCUUUGAGACUGGUCUUGAUAAAUUUGAAAGCUAUGACAUAGAUGUGUUAUUAGGCAGCAGGGUUGGAAACCACUUUGGUUAUUUCCCAAAGGAAUAUCUUAAUAUAAAUCAUAUAUAUACUGAAAAUGAAUUGGAGGUACCCACAGAGGAAACAGAUUUUGUUUGCUUUGAGACUGGUCUUGAUAAAUUUGAAAGCUAUGACGUAGAUGUGUUAUUAGGCAGCACAUUGUUGCUAGAAAACGAGAAUUCAACAGAAGAAUCUAAAGAACCAGCUCAGAAUGAAGAUGCAUCUCAAAUGACAACGACAGAAUCGGUGGAGCCUCUUGAAUCAGAGUCAUUAGAUUCGGAAUCAACAUCGAUUCUUGAAUCAGAGUCAUUAGAUUCGGAAUCAACAUCGAUUCUUAAAUCAGAGUCACUAGGUUCAGAAUCAAAAUCGCUUCUGGAAUCAAAUUCAGUAGAUUCAGAAUCAGAAUCACUUCAUGAAUCAAAGUCAGUCGAUUCAGAAUCAACAUUGCUUCUCGAAUCUAAGUCAGAAGAUUCAGAAUCACUUCAUGAAUCAAAGUCAGUCGAUUCUGAAUCAACACCGCUUCUUGAAUCUAAGUCAGAAGAUUCAGAAUCACUUCAUGAAUCAAAGUCAGUCGAUUCUGAAUCAACACCGCUUCUUGAAUCUAAGUCAGAAGAUUCAGAAUCACUUCAUGAAUCAAAGUCAGUCGAUUCUGAAUCAACAUUGCUUCUCUAAUCUAAGUC